AUGUCAGCUUCAAGACUCACCACGCUCUUUGUUCUCACUAAUGCCCUCCUCGGUACGGCCAUUGCAGCACCCAGUCCAGGUUGCGCAGCCAACAAUACUCUCCCUAAGGGUCAAACUCCAGGAGGAGACAGUGUGACAGUGGCAUUCACGCAAAGCGAUGGGACCGCUCGAGACUACCGCAUCCACAUUCCCUCCACAUACGUCUCGACCACUCCUGCCGAGCUGAUCUUUUCGUUCCAUGGCCAUGGGACUGGUGCAUCAGGUCAGGAGACUAUCAGCCAGCUUUCAAAUGAAGCCUUCAACCCCAGCGGUAUUGCAGUAUAUCCACAAGGAAAAAGUGAUGCAUGGCAAGGCGCACCCUAUGCAGUAACAGGUAUCAAUGACAUCGAAUUCGUGAAAGACAUGAUCAGCAACUUCACGGAAACCUACUGCAUCGAUACCUCCAAGAUCUAUGCAUCCGGAAUGUCCAUCGGAGGCGGCUUCACCGCAACCCUCGCCUGCGACUCAUCAGUCAACACCCAAAUCGCCGCCUUCGCGCCUGUCUCCGGCGCAUAUUACAUCAAUACAACCACCUGCGCACCUACGGCCGUCGAAAUCCCCUGCGACAAAGGCGAUCGUAUUGUUCCAGUCAUCGAGUUUCAUGGCGACGCUGACACAACAAUCCCUUACGGUGGAGAAUCAAAAAAUGGAGAUUGUUUGCCUGAGGUGUCGCAUUGGGUGCGAUCGUGGAGCUACCGCGACGGUCUUGGGUUGAAGAAUAUAACUACUUAUGAUUUGUAUAGUGGCAAGGUGACGAGAUCGAAGUUUCCUAACAAUUCUAGUGACCCGAACUUUGGGUUGGUGCAGCAUUACAAGACGGCUGGGUUGGGCCAUAUCUGGCCAAGCACGAACUCGACAAGUUAUGAUGCUACGCCUAUUAUCAUGGAAUUCUUUGGCAAUCACACUUUAUAA